UCUCUGUUUGUUGCGUGUUCUAAUUUGGGUGUGACCGAAAACAUUCGAAAACUUUAAAUGUGUCGUCAAAUGAGCUGAGCUGAAUAUUAGGAAGCUCGAGUUCGGCUUGUGAAAGUAAGCUCCGUUCGAGCUCAGCAGUUUGAGUUUGGCUCAUCACUUAUUCAGCAACACCGUAUUUGAGCUCCAGCUCGGGCUAUCGAAGGCUUGGUUUUGGGUCAACAACAUGUUAUUCGAGCUUGACUCAUAAAAGGCUCGUUUAAAUACUUGAACAUGAGCUUGGAGGACUGAGUUUAGGCAUGAGCUUGAACAUGUUCGCGGACCACUUUAGUCGAGCACGGUCAGGCUUGACCUUGGCUAUUGAGCUCGGUUUGAGAUUUGGGCUCGACUCGUUUACGAAGAUUUUGAACAAGUUUUUUUUGAGCCAAUCUUCAAAUAACUCACGAAAUAGCUUGGUUCAUUUGCAAUAACUAGGAUCAAUUAACUAAGUUACCCAUUUUCCCAUUCUAUCUCUACAGAUUUCUUGAGGCUCAUAUUGUGUGCCUUUGCCCCUUGCUUUCCUUAUCUUCCCUUUGAUUUAUUACCAGUUUUACUUUCUUCAACUGCCAAAAAUGGCUUCCAAACUCCAAAUCCAUGUCCGAACCAUCAAGAAAUCAACUCUCAACUACAACUUCCAACAAACAACUACUUCCUCUUCAUCACUUUCAUUCACUAAACAUCUUUCUCAACUCCACCUACUAAUCUCUUACACACACGAGAAAAAACCUCAGCACGAAUCAAUUCUCUCUCCAAAAUGCUCUCUCUCAUCUCCCAAGCCACCAGCCACCAAAGAGGAAGCCAUUCUCCAGGCCAAAACCUCUCUCUCAUCCACCUUAGAGAGGCCCCUCAACAAUCCCAAACUCGCUGGAAAGAUGAAGAAGAUCAAGCAGCCCAGACUCCGCGUUGAGAUUCCGGUGGUCGACGACUCGCCGGCGUCGCUCUCUCAGCUGGCCCUCCAAGUAUUUGCAGAUAUGCCAAUCAGAAGAAAAGGCCCACAAAUCAAGAUUCUUCUUUUAUGGCCUAGCCAUGGCCUAAUGCAGGCUGCCACUGAGGCAUUCGCUUCUCUCUCUUCAGGCAUCCAUGUACAGAGCAUUGCCAUGUCAUCAGUUCUUGAGGAGGAUGUCAGGAUUCUGACUUCUGCUGACGUGGCGGUGUUCUUCGCUCCCGAGGCGUCUCAGCUGGCGGUUAUGAAGACAGUUAGUGACAGUUUGAGUCCUAGGCCGGUGGUGAUGUUCAAUCCCAAGUGGAGUUUUGAUGAGGAGUCUGAAAUGGGAGAGAUGAGUGGGUUUUUGGGAUCGUUCGAGGUGGUCUAUUCUUUCAUGGGAUUGGAGGUUAGAGGGAUAUUGAGUAAGCGGAAAGGUGUCAUCUUUAAGUGUGUGAGAGAUGGGGUUUUGAGUGGUGAGAGAUGGAAUGUUUUGGUUGAGGAAGAAAAAAAUGAAGGGGAGAUGAGAGUCGUUUCCAGCUUCAAAUCGAGGCCGUCCAUCGUGCAAGUCGAGAGCGUGCUGUACAAUCUCAUGGCUAUCAAUUCACCAGUCACCAAAUCUGCCAAGUUCUUGAAAGAUUUGGUUGAGAAUGUGACUGGGAAGAAGUAGUGUUGUUGCUAUUUUUGAAAAAUGAGUAUAUUUGUGACAUGAGAUUUUUAUGUGAAUCUUGAUUGUUUAAUCUUUCAUUGCUGCAUGAUUUUAUAUA